AUGGCUUCCAUCAAAUCAAUCGCCGCCUCGUCUCUGCUGUUCGCAGCUUUGUCAACUGCGUGCGUUGACACCAUCCUUGCGCCUUCAGAUGAUAUUGUAUUUGCCUCGUCUUCGUCUGCAAAGGAUCCUCUUGCAUGGGCCGGCGCUAACUCUCCUUAUCAUGCUGGACCCGAUGUGUACGGUAUUUCGAAUGAUGUUCCGGAAAGCUGUUCCGUAAAGCAAGCUGCAUACAUAGUGAGACAUGGAAGCCGAUUCCCAGACUCGGGUGCUUAUAACGGAUGGGUCGCUAUCCAAGAAAGAAUCCAAGCAGCAAAGACAGCUGGAAAUCUCACUGCCAGGGACUCUCUUUCGUUUAUUGGAGACUGGAAGACUGUUCUCACCAAUCCCACUCUUCAGAUCUCUCAGGAAUCAAUGACUGGUUACAAGGAGGGUCAUGAUUUGGGCUACCAACUCAGAGCUCGCUACCCCGAUUUCUACGAAGACGGCAACCAGUUCUAUGUCUGGGCAAACCAAUAUGCCAGCCCCAUCAACAAAUCCCGUGUUGUUCAAACCGCCAAAGCAUUCAUGCAGGGAUACUUGUCCGAAUUCGCCGAUGCUUACGGCACAAUUGUCAGCGUCAACUCUACCGGAUCCGUGAACGCUAUCGGCAAUUCAUUGGGACCUUCAGAUGCUUGCCCCGCCUUUGCCAAUGGUGCUUCUGGGUCGAGUUUCAACAAUGACACUGACUACGAGGCGCUCUGGACACCAAAGGUCAUGAAGCGCAUCAAUGAGCUCGUCGAAGGCAUCACCUUCACCGAAUCCGACAUCCUCCAAAUGCCCUAUCUCUGCGGCUUCGAGAGCCAAAUCACCGGCCGCCUCAGCCCCUGGUGCGACGUCUUCACAGACGAAGAACUCGAAUACUAUGAAUACUCCCAAGACCUACACUACUACUACGGCAUUGGUCCCGGCUCUACAACACCUACAAAUCUACUCUUCCUCCCCUUCUUGAACAGCCUUAUGCAACUCCUGCAGGCCGGUCCCGAUCAACAAGGUAAAGGCGUGAAUGGCACCACCUUUGACAUCCCGAAACUCAUCAUGGCAUUUUUGAACGAUAACCAAAUCGCCGAAUUGACCGCUGGAAUGGGUAUCUUUGAUUCUGGUGCCCAGGCCCCAUUGCCAAUUAACAGAAUCGCAAAGGACAGAAUCUAUAACGUCGCUAACUUCAUUACGAUGCGCGGAACGGUUGCCUUUGAAGUGUUGAAUUGUACUUCUACUUCGUCGCACCAUGGAAAGACAUCGACCUCUUAUGCUGAUUAUAUUCGUAUCCUGCUUAAUGAUGCAGUCUACACUUUGCCCGAGUGCAAGGACGGUCCCGGAGGAAGUUGUUUACUCUCCGAGUAUGCGUCGUUCAUCAGCAAGCGCAAUGCUGCUGCUGGUAACUUCAAUGAUUACUGCGACGUUACCGCGGCUGGCCAUCCAGCGACUGUGGGUGGUGCAAGCUUUUUCAGUGAUUUGACGCUGGAUUUCUUGGAGUUUGUUGCUCCUCACUGA